AUGUUGGACUAUGCGCUGGACCAUUGUGAAGCCGUGAAUGCCGUUACACAAUGGUGGGACUUAGGUUUAUGGAAGUAUGAGUUGGAGGAUGAUGAGUGGGUGAUACUAGGACAAUUGAGGGAUAUACUUAAGAUUCUAAAGGACGCCACACUUUACUUCUCGCGCGCAACACCUAACCUUGCAACAGUGAUCCCAGCAAUGGAUCACGUCGACAAGAUGCUCACCUCCUAUUCACGCAACAAGAAAUAUCUGCCCUCAAUUCGUUCGGCAGUUCAGCUCGCAAAAAAGACACUCAACUGGUACUAUCAGCUCACAGACAGGUCUCACACAUAUCGAAUCGCAAUGGUGUUACAUCCCAAACAUAAACUAUCAUACUUCAAGGCAGCACACUGG